AUGUCGCGAAGAGCAGCAAUAGUUGAAGAAUUCGACGAUGACACCGACAUUCCCCUUCCAUCACACCCACUCCCGAACACCGGCUCUCGCGGUCCCCUAAUCGAAGAACUGCAUAUAUCCGAUGACGAAUUUGUGCCAUCUGCGUCCCAACGCGCGGGGCCUGCUUCGCCUCCUCGCCAACCACGGCCUUCGUACGCCCCACCUCCGCCAGCUGCGACGGCGGCCGCAACAGCAGCAGAUGGCAGCAACCGUGUGACGGAUAUCACCCCAUAUAAGACGUGGACAUGUAUUUAUCCCAUUUACCUUGAUGCGAAGCGCCCCUAUGGAACUGGGCAACGCAGGGUGGAAAGGGCUAAGAGUUUGUGGUGGCCCCUCAGCAAGGACAUCGCGGAUGCGGCUAUGCGUCUAGGCCUUAGGGCGCUGCAUGAAAUCACAAAGACUCACCCUCGAGAUUGGGAGAACCCAGGUCGGGUGAGGGUACAGUGGAAGAAGGAUGGGAAACUUGUCAAUCCGGCCGUGAAAACCAAGAAACAGUUGCUAGAGAUGAUAUGUUUCCAGAUACAACUCCUCAAGCCUGAAAACAUCCCAAAGCCUCCCUUCAACACGGCACCUGCGGACGUUACGCAGAGCAAACCCACACCCCCGACUUCGACAAAGGGAAAACAACCCGCUGCUACAAAAUCAAAGUCGCCCGCAAUAAAUACUCCUUCGAAACAAUCUGGCAGGCGUAGAUUGCCCGUGCCCCCUGAACCACACCCACCUCUGGCGAAUAGAGUGUCGGCUUAUUCGCCUGCACUUUCCAGCGGCGUGUUGAUCGAAACUGUCAAGGCCGGCAUGAACGCCACGGAGAACUCUGCUGCUGCUGGCGGCGCACCCGGGCCUGGUGCACCUGGUGGUGGUAUGGCGAAAGGGAAGCGGAAGGUGGUCAGGGUACGAGGAUGA